AAAAAUAAAGAAAAAGAAAUCUCGACAAUUCUCCUCUUAUUACGCCAGAAGCCGCUAACCUCAUCUCCCUCUUCGCCUGCAACCGUGGAGGCCGCUCUCUGCUUCUGCUUCUCACCACUCUUCUCGUUCUCUCCCAGACACUUCAGAGAGCCACGCUACUGAGAAUCGAAGCAGAAGUGUAACGCCAAACAGAAUCCUAUCAAGAGUAAGUUGCUUUUUCAUUAGCUCCUACAUUGCUCAACAUGGUUUCAAUGGCCAUUAUACCUUGUGGAAGUGGAUCAGUUGCUCAAUGGGGAAUUCGUCCUCAGUGUAUGCUCAGACCUUCAACAAAUAAGAUAUCUCCAAUCCAAUAUCGUGUUUCUAGCAGGGUCAGCAACAUAGCAGCACUAAGCUCAAGCUUAUUCUCUCGGGGUUCCUUGAAUGUUCUAUUUGACAUGAGACCCUCACAAACUUCACAUCGACGGAAGGGCGGGUUGCUUGUUGUUAGAGCAGAUAGUGAUUAUUACUCUGUCCUCGGGGUGUCCAAAAGUGCCAGUAAAGCUGAAAUUAAAAGUGCUUAUCGGAAGCUUGCUAGGAGUUACCAUCCGGAUGUGAACAAAGAUGCUGGGGCUGAACAAAAAUUCAAGGACAUUAGUAAUGCUUAUGAAGUCUUGUCCGAUGAUGAGAAACGCUCGCUCUAUGAUAAAUAUGGAGAGGCUGGCCUUAAAGGUGCUGGUAUGGGCAUGGGGGAUUUCAGUAAUCCUUUCGAUCUCUUCGAGUCUUUAUUUGAGGGCAUGGGUGGCAUGGGUGGUAUGGGCAUGGGAGGCAGAGGUUCUAGGAGUAGAGCAGUUGAUGGACAAGAUGAGUACUACAAUCUUGUAUUAAACUUCAAGGAAGCCGUUUUCGGUGUCGAAAAGGAGAUUGAGAUUAGCAGACUGGAGAGCUGCGGGACUUGUGAAGGAUCUGGCGCUAAACCUGGAACCCAACCAACUAGAUGUAGCACAUGUGGCGGGCAAGGCCAAGUUGUCUCGUCAGCAAGGACACCGUUAGGUGUCUUCCAACAGGUAAUGACGUGCUCUUCAUGUGGUGGAGCUGGGGAGAUAUCUACACCUUGCAACACAUGUUCUGGGGACGGGCGAGUCCGGAGGACAAAGCGGAUAAGCUUAAAAGUUCCAGCAGGUGUUGAUGCUGGUAGCCGUCUGAGAGUUCGAAAUGAAGGGAAUGCAGGAAGACGAGGGGGGUCUCCUGGGGAUCUCUUUGUUAUUAUCGACGUUACGCCUGACCCUGUCCUAAAACGUGAUGAUACCAAUAUCUUGUAUACUUGCAAAGUCUCCUACAUUGAUGCCAUCUUGGGCACUACCAUUAAAGUUCCAACUGUAGAUGGCAUGGUUGAUUUGAAAAUCCCAGCUGGAACACAGCCAAAUACGACACUCGUGAUGUCGAAGAAAGGAGUUCCUCUCCUAAAUAAAAGAAAUAUGAGGGGAGAUCAGUUAGUUCGCGUGCAGGUCGAAAUCCCGAAGAAGUUGAGCAGUGAUGAGAGGAAGUUGAUUGAGGAACUCUCGGAUUUGAGCAAAGGCAAAGCUGUGAGCAGUAGGAGAUAGUCUCCAUAGAAGUAAAGCCAGAUCAGAAAUGAUCGGUUUUUACUCGCUCGUUUUGCUGGUACCGCUCGUUUGGUUGGUUGGAAGGAUUGAUACUCGUGUACCUUGUAGUAAUAGGUAAUUCAAUGUUAGUACAAUUUUGUCAACAGUAUCUUGAAUUAUAGGAAGAAAUGUAAAUCAAAGAUAACUCUUUGAUCAUGAAUAUUUCAUUACAGACGUAUUCUGGUGGAUUGAUUCAUAUAAUAACCCUUUUAUUCUUCCCAAUUUGA